AUGGAUCUAUACCAAAUCGAUAAAUUAACUGACGAUAUGAUGAACUUCUGUCAUCAUAAAUUUUAUGAUUUUUUGAAAACCGUUUUAGGCAAGGAUUUAUGUGAAUUCUUUCGAAUCCAAUCAAUUCGUUGGAUGAAUUCUUUAAAAUCUAUCACAGUUGAUGAAUUGAUGCAGAUACUGGAUUACGAUAUUACCGAAUUACGUCCUUUAAGAAAAGUACUUGGUUAUGUGUCAACAGAUGGAAAAUUCCAUCUACAAUUAGAAUUUCGAAAAUUAACUGAGCGUUUGUGA